UCAUUUACUUACAGUUAUGAAUAAAUUAACUCUGAGCAUCUGUGUGUUGUUUUUGGGGCUCCAAGCUGCCGGUCAAAAAUGGCCGCGCUCGAUAGACAACCAAAGAUAUGAAAGAAGGCCAAACAAUAUUUACAGUGAAAUUCAGUCAGAGUAUGUAGGUCAGGAAUUUCGGGCUGAUAAGGCUGCUCAAGAAGAAGAGAUUGCUUUGGUGAAGAUGCUCUCAGAGGCUGGGCCCAUUGAUUUCGAGAAAUGGGACUCCAUCGGCGAACGGGUUAUUUCUAGGGCGAAUGUCACUGAAGAAACUAAGCGUGUCGUUAGACAAGUCAAAAAACAGAGGCCAGGAUUUUUCUGGACUUUAUUUAGCGUCAUUUUUGAGACUAUUAAUGACACAAGAUCAACAAUCCAGCAAGUAGGAGAUGUCUUGGCAGAAAAUAUUGUGUCUGACACAACUACUGAAGCGCCAAAAAUAUCACCGCAAGGUAAACAUACAGCGGUAACUGCAAGCGCUGAUGUAACUAUAUCAGCUACUAAUCAAACUUCGACAACCGAAGCGCCAUUUAAGUUAACUAGAUCUACCUUGGAAAAUAUUGUAAGAAGAAAUGUACGUGGAUUGGUUCGGCUUUUUAAUAUCGAAUGGAAAGAUGCUGUUACUCAAUCACGGGCAAACAUAAAAAAGUUCAGGAAAGAAUUGUCGAAAAGUGCUCAGCCAUUCCUAGCAGAUAACCCGGAUGCUUAU